UUCGUCGUUUAGAUAAUAAACAAGUCUUUGUUAACUCAAAUUCAUCGAAUUAUGAAAUUAUGUGUUUUUCAUACUGUUUCUUAGCAGUAUUCAAGUCUUUCUAAGUGCACAGCAUUGAAAUAUGAUGUGAAUAUGUGAGUUAUAUCUGGCAACCCUGGAUUAGUUGUAAACACACUCUUAGCAACAGAUUAGGCAGCUCAACUCUGUUUUGAGAGGAACUGAGAUAUUCAGGAUUUUAAGGAUUUUAAGAUGUGUAAAUACAGAUACUGUAUGUAUAAUCCUGCGAGCAUGACGACAAACUCCAGCUAUGAAUUAUAAUCAAUGUGACAGCAGCAGCAGACAGAAACUGCUACUGAAGACACUCAGUGCUGCUGAAUCAGCUGCUGUUCAGCUGCUUUCAUUCAGAGAUAGUCUGCACAAUGAGAUCACUGAGUCCAGCUCGUCCAGUGAUCAGCGGUUUUCACGACAGAAGAGCUUGUUGCUGGAGAAGCUGGAGGUUUUCAGACGUCUGAUCUCAUCUGUCCAACAGCAGCUGAAAGAACUCCAGGAUGAAGAGGUACGAUUGAUAGACACAGAAAAACAGAUCAAAAUGUUGCAUGAAAAGAUAAAACAGACUGAGAGUGAUAAUCAGAAUUUAAGGUCAUCUUUGAUUGAAAAAGAGAAACAGGUCGAGGAAUUGAUGACUGUACAAAAAAGAGAAACGGAGCACACAGAGUCAGUGAUUCAGCUGUCUAAGUCAAUUGAAGCUACGCGGGCUCAUCUACAGACUCAGCUCCACAGCAAAGAGGGACAGAAUAACCGUCUGACUGUCCAGUUAAGGGCUCUGGAGAGAACUAUUGCACAUCAGAGACUGGAGCUGGACGAGCUGAGGCUUCAGAUCGCUUUCGUGUCUGAGAGUUCGUGUCAGGAGAAGGAGGCACUGAAGAAAGCUACACGAGCUCAGAAACACAGAGCUGAGAAGUUUGAGGCGGCUGUGGAGAGAUGCUACAAGCAGCUGAGAGAGAAGGAUGUUCAGUUGACUCAGAGAAGAGCAGAGAGAAACAUGUGGCAGAAACAACAGGAGAAGAUUACAGAGGAGAAACUUCAGCUGGACGAACAGAUACACACGCUUCAAAAUGAAAUGGCAGUGCUCACUACAGAGCUGCAGAGAGAGAGAGACACAGCAAACUCAGCCAGUGCAAACUUACUGAACACGCUGCAGAAAGUUACUUUAGAAAAUGAAGAACUCGGACGAGAAAACGCUUCCCUCAAGAGCUCCAUUGCUGAUAUUGAGCAAAAGUUGCAGAUCUCCCAAGCUGCUCUUCAGGAACAAAAUGAGCUUGCAGAGGAGAGCAAACAUCAAACUGAACAGUACCAGCAUCAGGUAGCAGAACUCAAAGCUGAGAUCACAGAGCUGAAAAUCAAGCUGGAGAGCCUCAUUCAACAAACUCAUGACACAAGAGAGGGACGAGAUGUUGAGAUCAUUCUGGCGCGUGAGGAUCUGGAGCAGCGCUUGCAGGAGCUGCAGGUGUAUCCAGAGUUACUGGUUGUCACAGAGCAGAACCUGCAGCACUACCAGGAAGACCUGCGACGCUCUGAGCAGAAAUGCACACAAAAGACUGAGUCCAUAAGACAGCUGCAGGAUACGCUGAACAUGCAGAAGGAGAAUGUCAAGACUUCACUGGAGAUGAAAGAGUCAGUUGAUGAAAACAACUCUCAACUGCAACAGAAACUGAAUCACCUUCAGAAGAGACUAGAGGAGGUCCUGUGUGAGAACAGAGAGCUCAUCCACAGACUGACGGCUCAAGAGGAUGAGCUGCACUACAGCAGCAGACGACUGCAACAGCGCUCCGAUGAGUGUCAGACUCUCAACCGGCAGCUGGAGGAGACUCUCACAGAUCUUAAACGGCAGGUGUGUAAAGUGAAGGAGAAGGCCUGUGCCAGAGAGAAUGUCCUGCAGAACAAGCUCAUGCAACUAGAGGCUGAAAAGACAAGAAGAGAGAAAGAACUUCAACAGCUCAGACAGAGCAAGCUUUCUAGCGAAAAUCAAUAUGAAGUCCGUCUGAGAGAUUUACAACUGAGUCUGGACCAAUCAGAGAGCCACAAACAGAGCAUUCAAAACUAUGUGGAUUUCCUCAAAAAUUCCUACGCCACAAUGUUUGAGGAAGUGCUGACAUCAGCUUACGUGUCAUAAUACUACUCAAAAUGAUAAAUGUUUUUAUUCAUUGUGUCCUUAUUGUGUGUAUAUUUUGACAGAAAAAAGCAUUUUGAAGAAUAAGAAGGACCAGACUGUUUAGCAUUACUUCAUUUGUAAUAAGGUAUAUGUGUGGCAUUAAUGUACAAAUAAUUCUUCAUAUGAAUUCUUCAUACUAAAUUAAAAUCUGUUUCUAAAUUGAA